AUGUCUCCGCCUAUUAAGAUCAUCGGCCAUCCGGUAAGCCCAUUCUCGCACCGCGUCGAGGCCGCUCUGCGGCUCAAGGGCGUGCCAUACGAGCUGAUCGAGGAAGACCUGAGCAACAAGAGCGAGCUGCUGCUCGCCAAAAACCCUGUCCACAAGAAGGUACCCGUGCUCCUCCAUGGAGACCGAGCCAUCUGUGAGUCUCUCGUCAUCGUUCAGUACGUCGACGAGGCCUUCGACGGGCCGCCUCUCCUGCCGGCCGACCCCAACGACCGUGCCAUGGCCCGUUUUUGGGCAGACUUCAUGGACAGCAAGCUUCUCAAGCCGUUCUGGCUGGCACACUGGAUAGAGGGCGAGGCGCAGAAGGCUCAGGUGGAAGAGGCCAAGCAGAACCUGGCGCUUCUGGAGGAGCAGCUCAAAGGGAGGAGGUUCUUUGGAGGCGACACCAUCGGCUACGUCGACAUAGCCGCCUGUUUGUUAGCUCCUUGGCUCAGCGUGAUAGAGGAGGUGACUGGAGUGACUGUGGUUGACGAAAACGAGUACCCUGCUCUACGCCGGUGGUCCAGAGAGUACAAUUCCUACGAAGAUCUGAAGCAGUGCGUCCCGGACAGAGACCAGCUCGUCGCCUUCUAUAAUGAAAGGAAGGAGGGGUACAAAAUGUUUGCUAGUGCAUGGUUGCAACAGUAG